AUGGCCGACGGCAGGAGUUCCGGGGUCGAUCGGAGAAGGCGUUUCGCAAAAGCUUGCGAUCCCUGUAGACGCCGGAAAGUCCGAUGUAGCGGCGUUCGGCCGGUGUGUGCGCGUUGUAGCCGCCUAGCCAUUACUUGCGUCUAUGCCGAUGUGGAUAAGCCGCCUGCGCGAAAGCGGAGGUCGGCCCGACAGCCAGCUGCUACACAGGUCCCACAGCAGCCCAUUUCGACGCUUCAGCUGCAGCAGUAUCCGGAUGUCGACGGUUCUUCAUCCGCGGUAACAGGCGCACCCAUUUCCCCGCAUGUAUCUAUCCAAAAACCGCCAGCUACCGAGUCGCUGGGGAGGCCGGGGGAGCCAGAGACACCCGUACGGCCUCAGGGAUCCGUCUUUGGUGGACUUCAGGACAUGAGAUACUUCGGUGAGUCUUAUGCCCAUCGAGUGGUCCGAACGGGCUUGAGUCCUGUUGCCUAA